GAUGGGGAAGGUGAACCGGCCCUGGGUGCCGCGUUCCUCUCUCGUGGCCGCACGGCUUUUCAAGGGGCAUUUAUCAGAAGGGUCUGGAGGGGCUGCCGAUGGUCUCCACGUGGGAACCUUUGUCCUGCACGGAAGCUCCAGGUGGACAGAGGUUGACGGUUUGGAGCCUGGGGUGUAGGGGAGUGGUGGGCUGGUGAGGUGGUCUGCAGAGUGACCAGCGCCUUCUGUCCCUGUCACCAUGGAGCUUUCAGAUUGCAGAGCUGCCGUGACCAGGAGUCAGUGCCAAAUGAGGAGGAAAGGCCGCGGUCAUCGCGCUGCAGCGAGGCACCCUUCCUCCCCCGGCAGCACCAAGCCCUCCCCCACUCGAGAGACCCUGACCUACGCGCAAGCCCAGAGGAUGGUGGAGAUCGAGAUCGAGGGGCGCCUGCACAGGAUCAGCAUCUUCGACCCCCUGGAGAUCAUCCUGGAGGAUGACCUCACCGCCCAGGAGAUGAGCGAGUGCAACAGCAACAAGGAGAACAGCGAGCGGCCGCCCGUGUGCCUGAGAACUAAGCGGCACAAAAACAACCGGGUCAGGAAGAAGGGCGACGCCCCGCCCAGCGCCCAUGGUGCGCCUGCCUCCGCCAGCGCCCUCCCCGAGCCCAAGGUGCGGGUGGUGGAGUACAGCCCCCCGUCGGCGCCGCGGCGGCCCCCCGUGUACUACAAGUUCGUGGAGAAGUCGGCUGAGGAGCUGGACAAGGAGGUGGAGUACGACAUGGACGAGGAGGACUAUGCCUGGCUGGAGAUCGUCAACGAGAAGCGCAGGGGCGACUGUGUCUCGGCCGUGUCGCAGAGCGUGUUCGAGUUCCUCAUGGACCGCUUCGAGAAGGCCUCGCACUGCGAGAAGCAGAAGCAGGGGGAGCAGCAGUGCCUGAUCGACGAGGACGCCGUGUGCUGCGUGUGCAUGGACGGCGAGUGCCAGAACAGCAACGCCAUCCUCUUCUGCGACAUGUGCAACCUGGCUGUGCACCAGGAGUGCUACGGCGUGCCCUACAUCCCCGAGGGCCAGUGGCUGUGCCGCCACUGCCUGCAGUCCCGGGCCCGGCCGGCCGACUGCGUGCUCUGCCCCAACAAGGGCGGCGCCUUCAAGAAGACGGACGAUGACCGCUGGGGCCACGUGGUGUGCGCCCUGUGGAUCCCCGAGGUGGGCUUCGCCAACACCGUCUUCAUCGAGCCCAUCGAUGGCGUGCGGAACAUCCCCCCCGCGCGCUGGAAGCUGACGUGCUACCUCUGCAAGCAGAAGGGCGUGGGCGCCUGCAUCCAGUGCCACAAGGCCAACUGCUACACCGCCUUCCACGUGACGUGCGCCCAGCGGGCUGGCCUCUAUAUGAAGAUGGAGCCCGUGAAGGAGCUGGCCGGCGGCGCCGCCACCUUCUCCGUCAGGAAGACCGCUUACUGUGACGUCCACACGCCCCCCGGCUGCACCCGCAGGCCUCUGAACAUUUACGGGGACGUGGAGAUGAAGAACGGCGUCUGUCGGAAGGAGAGUUCGGUCAAAGCGGUCAGGUCCACGUCCAAGGUCAGGAAGAAAGCCAAGAAGGCUAAGAAGACGCCCCGGGAGCCCUGCACGGCCCUGCCGCCUGUGUGCGCGCCCUACAUCCCCCCGCAGAGAUUAAAUAGGAUUGCGAAUCAGGUGGCCAUUCAGCGGAAGAAGCAGUUUGUCGAGCGCGCCCACAGCUACUGGCUGCUCAAGCGGCUGUCCAGGAACGGAGCCCCGCUGCUGCGCAGACUCCAGUCCAGCCUGCAGUCCCACAGAAGCUCGCAGCAGAGAGAGAACGAUGAGGAGAUUCAGGCCGCCAAAGAGAAGCUCAAGUACUGGCAGCGGCUGCGGCACGACCUGGAGCGCGCGCGCCUUCUCAUAGAGCUUCUGCGCAAGCGCGAGAAGCUCAAGCGGGAGCAGGUGAAGGUGGAGCAGAUGGCCUUGGAGCUGCGGCUGACGCCGCUGACCGUGCUGCUGCGCUCUGUGCUGGACCAGCUGCAGGAGAAGGACCCGGCCCGCAUAUUCGCCCAGCCGGUGAGCCUGAAGGAGGUCCCGGAUUAUCUGGAUCACAUCAAACGCCCCAUGGACUUUGCCACAAUGCGGAAGCGGCUGGAAGCACAGGGGUACCGGACACUCAGGGAGCUGGAAGAGGACUUUGACCUCAUCGUGGACAACUGCAUGAAGUACAACGCCAAGGACACGGUGUUCUACCGGGCUGCUGUGCGGCUGCGCGACCAGGGCGGUGUGGUGCUCAGGCAGGCCCGGCGCCAGGCAGACAGUGUCGGCUUCGACGAGGCCUCGGGGAUGCACCUGCCAGAGCGGCCACCCCCGGCCCCCCGGCGGCCUUUCUCCUGGGACGAGGUGGACAGGUUGCUGAACCCAGCCAACAGGGCCCACAUGGUCCUGGAGGAGCAGCUGAGGGAGCUGCUGGACAUGCUGGACCUCACGUGCGCCAUGAAGUCCAGUGGGUCGCGGAGCAAGCGGGCCAAGCUGCUGAAGAAGGAGAUCGCCAUCCUGCGGAGCAAGCUGAGCCAGCAGCACAGCCAGCCCCCAGCCGCGGAGUCAGGUACUGCAGGCCCGGAAGAGGACGGUGCUCCGCGGGGGCAGGAGGCUGCGGAGGAAGUCCUUCCGAGGUUGGAGACUCUUCUGCAGCCAAGAAAAAGGUCGCGAAGCACCUGCGGCGACUCUGAGGUGGAGGAGGGGUCCCCGGGAAAGCGCCUGGACACAGGUCUCACCAAUGGCUUUGGGGCCGCGCAGGGAGAGCAGGAGCCGGAGCUGGGCGGCGCCCCGGGGAGGACCGCCGCGCCCCGCCGCCGCUGCGCCUCCGAGUCCAGCAUCUGCUCCAGCAGCAGCCCGCUCUGCGACGCCAGCUUCAGUGCUCCGAAGUGCGGCCGCGGCAAGCCGGCCCUGGUGCGCAGGCACACGCUGGAGGGCCGCAGCGAGCUGAUCUCCUGCAUCGAGAAUGGGAACUAUGCCAAGGCGGCGCGCAUUGCCGCUGAGGUUGGGCAGAAUAGCAUGUGGAUCUCCACCGACGCGGCCGCCUCCGUCCUCGAGCCCCUGAAGGUCGUGUGGGCCAAGUGCAGCGGCUACCCGUCCUACCCGGCCCUGAUCAUCGACCCUAAGAUGCCGCGCGUGCCCGGCCACCACAACGGGGUCACCAUCCCGGCGCCGCCGCUGGACGUGCUGAAGAUCGGGGAGCACAUGCAGACGAAGGCCGACGAGAAGCUCUUCCUGGUGCUCUUCUUCGACAACAAGCGGAGCUGGCAGUGGCUUCCAAAGUCCAAGAUGGUCCCUCUGGGUAUCGACGAGACGAUAGACAAGCUGAAGAUGAUGGAGGGCAGGAACUCGAGCAUCCGCAAGGCCGUGCGGGUCGCCUUCGACCGCGCCAUGAGCCACCUGAGCCGCGUGCACGGGGAGCCGGCCAGCGACCUCAGCGACAUAGACUGA